AUGUAUGCUAUUCCUACGGGUCCUCCACCGAUGCAGUAUCGACAGCCUUGCGCUCCGCAACGACAGAAUCAUUAUCAACAGAAGUUGAAGAAGCAUGAGAGGAGUUUUGAUGUCCUUCCCAUGUCGUACAGUCAGCUGCUUGCUCGCCUACUUCAAGACUCUUUGCUGCAAUAUAGAGAAUUGGGACCUCCCCCAACACCUCUCCCUUCGGACUAUGACGCCAAUGCUAGAUGGAAGAAGGAGGUGGAGGUCAAUCUUAAACCUAAGGGUGGGACCCAUGGGUUUGCCUUGAAGUUUCUGGUUGACAAGGCUAUUACAUUUGCUGAAGCUGAAAGUUGGGAUGCCUUCAACAUUAUCUUUGCUUUGAUCAUGUAUGGGAUCGUGUUGUUCCCAAACAUGGAAGACUUUAUUGACUUGGCUUCGAUCUACCUCUUCAUGGCCAAGAAUCUCGUUCCUACUCUUCUUGCAGACACAUAUUAUUCCAUCCACGUGAGGAAUGAGAAGAAGAAGGGGACUAUUGUGUGUUGUACCCCUCUGCUGUAUAGAUGGUUUAUUUCGCAUCUACCCAGCAAGGGUUCUUUUGUUGACAACAAGGGGAAUCUGAAAUGGUCUCAAAGGAUCAUGUCCCUCACAGCUGAAGACAUCUCCUGGUAUUCUAGAGUUUACGACGGUGUUGAGAUCAUCAUGGAUUGUGGUAAUUUCCCCAAUGUACCCCUUCUAGGUACAAAGGGUGGAAUUAACUAUAACCCGAGGAUAGCAUUGUGUCAGUUGGGCUACCCGAUGGUAAACAAGCCAGAUUCUAAGAUGCUAGAGGAGUUUGUUUUGUAUGAAGGGGUUGACAACUCAAAGUUCCAGAAGAGGAUUAUCCAAGCAUGGGGAUAUAUCCAUCGACAUGGAAGGGCCGAAUUGGGAAAGAAGAACUGUAUUACGAAGGAAGCCUGCACUCAGUGGGUUAAGGAGAGAGUCAAAGAGUUUUUAUUGCCAUUUCCGCUUGAACCUUCCAUGAUCAUCAAGCCGGUUAAGCCUGUUGUUACUCCUAUUUUAGAGGUUGACAAACUCAAGGGGGCUAUCAAAGCGUUAGAGAAAGAGAAUUCCCAUCUCCGAUCUAACCUAGGUAAGCUCACCUUAGAGAAAGAGAACCUGAAGUCUAAUCUCAACCAAAAAAGGGACCGAGCAGCUAAGACCUCCAAAGAGAUCCAGGAAGAACAACACAAAAGAAGAAAAGUAAGUGAUGCUUUGAAGGGUACUAUCGAAAGCCUUUUUGUAAAGAGGAAGCAACUUGUUGCAUCAUAG